AUGUCGUCGAUGCGCUGGAUGUGCGUGUUUCUGCGCCGCGCUGACGAGCGGCAGAGGGCGUACCGGAAACGAAAGGCCAUGGAGAGGCUGGGCCUUACGGCGGAGGCGCUGGCGAGGUUGUUUGGGGUUCACCACAUUUGUUAUGCGUUGCUGCCGUCGCCUGUUCAUGCGGCUGCUCCUGCGCCUGUGCCUGGGGCUGCGCCUGGGGCUGUUGGCGAUGGUGGUGCCCUAUACCUGUUCCAGUUGCUGCUGCUGGUCCUGCUGGUCCUCCAGGUGCUCCGGGUGCUCAACUUGCUGCCCUGCUAUCGCCCGUGCAAGUGCUAG